GCCUGCUGCUGUGAUCAUGGGGGCUGGGGCCAGUGCUGAAGAGAAGCACUCCAGGGAGCUGGAAAAGAAGCUGAAGGAGGACGCAGAGAAGGAUGCUCGAACUGUGAAACUGCUGCUACUGGGUGCUGGUGAAUCUGGGAAGAGCACCAUCGUCAAGCAGAUGAAGAUUAUCCAUCAGGACGGGUACUCACUGGAAGAGUGCCUCGAGUUCAUUGCCAUCAUUUAUGGCAACACACUGCAAUCCAUUCUGGCCAUCGUGCGAGCCAUGACCACACUCAACAUCCAGUAUGGAGACUCGGCUCGCCAGGACGAUGCACGGAAGUUGAUGCACAUGGCAGACACUAUUGAGGAGGGCACCAUGCCCAAGGAGAUGUCAGACAUCAUCCAGCGGCUGUGGAAGGACUCGGGGAUCCAGGCCUGCUUUGAUCGUGCCUCGGAGUACCAGCUCAAUGACUCAGCUGGCUACUACCUCUCAGACCUGGAGCGCCUGGUAACCCCAGGCUAUGUACCCACUGAGCAAGAUGUGCUACGCUCACGUGUGAAGACCACUGGCAUCAUUGAGACACAGUUCUCCUUCAAAGACCUUCACUUCAGGAUGUUCGAUGUCGGAGGACAGCGCUCUGAACGCAAGAAGUGGAUCCACUGUUUCGAGGGGGUGACUUGCAUUAUCUUUAUUGCGGCCCUGAGCGCCUACGACAUGGUGCUGGUGGAGGAUGACGAAGUGAAUCGCAUGCACGAGAGCCUGCACCUGUUCAACAGCAUCUGCAACCACCGCUACUUCGCCACCACCUCCAUUGUGCUCUUCCUCAACAAGAAGGACGUUUUCUCUGAGAAGAUCAAAAAGGCACACCUUAGCAUCUGCUUCCCGGAUUAUGACGGCCCUAACACCUAUGAAGAUGCUGGCAACUACAUCAAGGUGCAGUUCCUCGAGCUCAACAUGCGGCGUGAUGUGAAGGAGAUCUAUUCCCACAUGACAUGCGCCACCGACACACAGAACGUCAAGUUUGUCUUUGACGCUGUCACCGACAUUAUCAUAAAGGAGAACCUCAAAGACUGCGGCCUCUUUUGAGGUGG